AUGGACGCCGUCUCGCCUGUGCUGGACGGGGGCGGCUGUGGAGCAGAGCGGGGUGCCGCCACUCUCACGGUAGGCGAGGAGGCACGAAGCCGUGAGAUGUCAGCUUCCCUGGAUAGCCGUCGGUACGCAGAAGCCGGAGACGCAGAAAAAACUGAGGGAGACGCGAAGGCGGGCGACGGCUCUGAAGACGAAGAGCUUGUUUCGCAGGGCGCGGCGAUUUUUGGGGUGUUUCCGACGCUUCCUGGACAGCCGCAGAGAAGCGGUUCUUGCUCGCUUCACCUCGUUUCGGAGAGAGAAUUGAAGCGAGAAGAGAGGCCUUCUCCUCUCCCUCUCCCUCUUCGUAGAGAAGAAGAAACAGUUUGCCUAUGGCAUCACCUCUUCCACGUCCUCCUCGUCCUCCUGCAGCUGUCUCUGCUGCUGAUCGGGGGCGCCGUCAGAAGAUGCACGGCGCUGCGGUCCGCAUGCGCGUGGUGGCGUGGAGUGGCGACAAGGAAAGUGCGAGUCGUUUCGCAUGCGUUUCUCUCGCUCUUUCCCUGGAGCCGUCAGGUCCGAGGGCAGGGAGAGUCUGAAGAGCCUCGCCGCGACAAGCCGGAGCCCGGGAACCUUCUGGCGCCAGAGACAGGGGGGAGUGUUCCGCGAAGUUUCGCUCUGCAUGCGUUCGUUCUCUUCCGAAGCGAGGAGUUGCUCCUUCUCUCUGCGGCAGCGACUCUUUCGAGCGGCUCUUCUUCGCAGAGCGCGUCUUGGGCCUCGCGUGCGUCUUCUCUCUCUCAGACGCUUCGGCUCGGACCUGCAGACGCGCUGCUGCUCCCGUGCAUUGAGAGCGCCUUCGACUGCGGAGUUCGCUUCCUGACGCUCUUCGACGCGGCCGGAGUCUGCUGUCGAGAGCCUUCUCUCUCGCGCCUCUCUGCCCUCUUGUCUCGAGACGGGUGGGUCUGCCUUCCCGGUCUGACGCCUCUCGGCGGCCAGUCCCCUCGAUCCUCAGGAACCGCCUCUCUGCGAGACUCGCAUCCUUCUUGUCGCUCUCACUGCCCUGCAGCCUCUUCGCACCCUGCUUCUCUCCCUGCUUUUUCUUCUGCGUCUCGGGAUGCUCCGUCCGCUCUUCAUUCUUGCUCGUCCUCUCCUUCUCAUUCGCUCUCUUCCUCCCCUUCUCAUUCUCUCUCUUCUUCUUCGCGACCUGCUCAGCGGCAGUCCACUACGGAAGGACCUGGCUCUGUGACUGCUUCGGCUGCUUCGCUGCCUGGCUGCUCUCGGUGCUCUUCCUUCUCAAGGAAGUUCAGUUCUUCCUCGAGAAGAAAUACUGAAGAAGAAGACGGCAGGAGCUUGAAUGCUUGCAUGCGACAAGAGGAGACCGUUGCAUGCUGCACCCGAGGCGAAAAACGAAACUGCAGGGACCACCGUCGACUCUCGCCCUCUGGGUGCCUCUCCUGCCUCUCUCAGGACAACCCUCUGUCUCUCGAUCCGCCUCAGUCCUUAGCUUGCUUCUCAACAACGGCCUCGUCUGUCUCUCUCGUUUCUUCCCCCCCCAUUUCUUCUACCCCUGCGAUGUCUUCAAUCUCUGCCGCUCCUUCCACGGCUUCACCCGUGUCUUUAUCUUCUCCCUCUUCAUCUUGUUAUUCUUUCUCUUCACCUCCUUCGUCACUUCCCUCCUCUUCCUCCUCUUCUUCCUCUUCCCCUGCAUCUUCUUCGUCUUUUCUCUUUUCAGUCCAAGAUGCCCUGAUUCCAGAAGUUUCUGCACAGCGUGGUGAGGCAGGAGUGACGGCGGAACAGGCCGCUGCUGGGUCUGUGCCGAGCCUGGCUUUGCCGGCCUGCGGAGCCUUUCAUCGGCCGGUGUGUUUCCGUCUCUCACGAAUGCAUGGGUGGUCGCGAAAACGGGGAUUCUUUGAGGGCGAGAAGGGAAGAGAGCGAGAAGAAAGGCGCGGUCUUUUGUCUGCGCUGAACGAAGAAGAAUUGGACACACAAGGUGAAGAAGGAAGCGAGGAACAGAGCAUGCUGGUGCGGAUUAUGUGUGGCUGUUGCGCCCACGAAGACCUCUUCCGGCAUUUCAACGUCGGGUCGAACUCUUCAAUUUUAUCUCCGUUCGCAGCGCCUUCUACAGAUCAGCCUUCGCAGGCUGCCUGCGAUGGCCAGACGCAAAGCAAAGCGCAACAGAGACAGAACCGAUCGGAGACAUCGAGUCUCCCUCAGCUCACUCCAGACUUGCCGUCCAGUUCGCCCUCCUCGUAUCUCUCCUCCACUUCGUGCGAGUCCUCUCGCGACGAUCCCAACGCCUCUCCCUCUUCUUUGGCUUCUUGUUUUUCCUCUUCUCCAUCUGUUUCUUCCUGUUUUUUUGUAAGGUCCUGUUCUCUCUCUUCCGAGCAGUGGGGAGAAGAGAGAGCUCGAAGGGAGACGCGCGCCUCGAGCAGGCGCACAGACAGCAGAGAAAGUACAACAAGCAGAGAAAGCACAAAAGACAGCGCUAGUACAAGAAUCAGUGAAAGCAGUUCUUUUGCGAGUCUGGAGAAGAGCGAUCGAGGGUCUCCAGCGCAAGCCUGCCCGCAUGGUCUCGCUCUGAGUAGCCAGACAGAAGAAUCGAACCGACGAGAUGCGGGGAGACCAGAGUUGAGAAAGGAGGAGGAGGAGAAUGGAGGAGAGAAAGGAAGUUCCUCUGAGGCCCCAGCGAGCACAGGCGAUGGAGAGAGAGAUCAGUUGAAGCACAGGGUCUGUGGCAUUUCAUGCGGCUCAGCGAAAGGAAAGAAGAAAGCUCCGAUGCCGAGCUACCGCGUUCCAUCACGAACGGUGAUUCAACAGCCAGAGGUGUACAGACAGCUCGCGUGCGGCGGCACUGUAUUUCCUCCUCCGCUUUGCGUGUUCCUCUUGGGUCCGUCGGUGACGGAUCUCGUGCAUGCCUUCGUCGCAGCCAGCAGCAGGCGCCUCGGCCUCGUCGUUCGCUGCUUUUUCAGCUUCAAAAGACAUUCCGAAAGUCCUGAAGGUGGUUUCGCCUCUUUUCACGAAGAUCACACAGAUGCAGGCGACCGCGCGCAUGCGCCGACAACAGUGGAAAGCCUCUCUGGGCUGGUGAAGUCUCUCCUGGGAACGGUUUGUCUUUCUUCCCGUUCUCCUCCAGAGAAGCGUGUGGGCAAAACUGCUUGCACGAGAAGCAACCUCUAG